AUGGUGUUCGAUUCCCUCAGCACCAGUGGGACCAGUUAUAGUUGGGGUCUUCCAUAUUUUAAGAAGAAGAGUGAGCUAGAGAAGUCGGAUUACCUGCGGGAUGACCGUCUUGUAAUUGAGUGCGAUCUAACUGUCAUUAAGGAACCACUUGUUGCGGACACUGCGAUAACAGCUGAGGUCCAGAUGCCACCCUCAGACUUGGCAGAAAUUUUUGGAAAACUGCUAGAGGCGGCCGAGGAAGCAGAUGUGGCAUUCGAGGUUGAAGGUGAGAUUUUUCCUGCACAUAAGAUUGUGCUCGCAGCACGGUCUCUAGUCUUCAAGGCGGAGCUGUAUGGACCGAUGAGAGGCAAGUGUGGACAGAACAUCACCGUCGAAGAAAUGCAGCCUGCUGUUUUCAAGGCAUUGCUUCACUUUAUCUACACAGAUUCAUUGCCUUCCAUGGACAACCUUGAUGAUGAUGAGAAAAAAGAAAUGGUCAGGCACUUACUACUGGCUGCAGAUCGGUAUGCAAUGGAAAGGAUGAAGAUGAUGUGUGAAGACAUUCUUUGUGAAACUCUUGAUGUUGAGACUGUGGCGACAAUGUUGGCUCUAGCUGAUCAGCAUAACUGCAGCAGGCUAAAAGAUGCUUGUGCUGAAUUUAUCAUGUCUUCAAAUAGAUUGGAUGAUGUGUUGGCAAGCCAAGGGUAUGUGCACCUGAAGAAAUCAUGCCCUGCUGCCUCAGUAAAUAUCUUGGAGAGACUUAUGAAGCUUCUCAAAUUUUAG